AUGUCUGCUGUCUCAGCGCACGCCUCCGAGGCGCUGCCCAAGCAACGCUUGACGGCCGACGCAGUGUCGGUGUACAGUGCCUUGGACGUCUGCCUGGCCGCUGGCCGCUGGGGGGAGGCCUUCGGCCUGCGGGGAGCGCUGGGCGCGCUGGGGAUCUACGCGCCAACGCCAGCAGUGACUGCCUACAACCACCACGAACAGCCGGAUGCUGUGGAGCUUAUUGGCCGGAUUGACUUGGUGCGACCAUUUUUCCACCGAGAUCGCAGCCAAGCGCCAGCAGCGCAGUGCGGGGGCAUGUGCAGCUCGGAACUGUUCUUAGCAACCGGACUGUGGCACCCAACCACGACCGACUCAGAGCGCAAGCCCAAGAACAACCAACAGGGACAGCAAUGGCACAAUAGCACGCCGGAAACUGGGCAUGAUUAG